AUGAAUUUGGACGCGGGGAGGUUGCCAUCUAAUUUAGAUGCAUUACUAAAGAAAUAUGAAGAACAAAUAAAGAAAAUAAAAUCAAUAUUGAACACAAAAAAUAUAAAAGAAAAAACGGAAGAUUCUAUUUUAGUAAGAUACAUUCUUUCUUAUGGAGAAAAAUUAGAUGAAGCAGCAAACUCAAUUGAAAAGGCGAUUCUGUGGAGAAAGGCAAAUAUUCAACCAUUAUUAAAAAAUAAAAAAAUAAGUUUUAAAACUGACGAAAAUGUUAUGUUACCAAUUAGAAUAAAACCAUAUUAUUCACUUAUAAAAAAAUCAUUAGCGGCAUGUGAGCACAAAUCAACCAUAGAUAAACAACCAAUAGUUAUCGGGAGACUAAAGUUAUGUAAUUUUACUUUGCUUCUGGAUCAUGUUCCUGAAAGUAUCUUAAUUGAUUAUAUUGUAUACUCGAACGAACAUGAAUUUGUAGUGUGUAAUGAACACACAAAAAAAUAUAAUUUUAUUUGUCGAACUUUUCGUUUCAUCGAUUUAAAAGGAUUUAUGUUGAAAAAAUUUGAUAGAAGAUUUUUGAAGGUUUUUGCCAACACAUCAAAAUUAUCAGAAUUUCUUCAUCCACAGUUAGUUGGAAAAACAUACCUAAUAAAUGCGCCAUCAUAUAUAAGAAUAACCAUACAAACUCUUAAAACUUUUGGUAUAAGUCGAAGGACACUAAAUAAAUUAGAAAUCCCCAAAGUCAUUUCAAACCAGGAGCCAGCAGAUUGCGAAUGGUUCUCAUUACUAGUGGAUAAAAAUAAUAUUCCGUCCUACCUAGGCGGCAAUUGUAAAUGUAAAAAUGGUUGUAUUCCAGGAUUCCAAAAUGAGUUGGAAGAUCCGUUAAAUAUAAACCCAGAAGAAAUAAAGAGAGAAAUUAACAAUAAUCUAUUAAAAUUAAAUAAUCAAUAG